GCAGAGCGGCCGUGGGAGGCGGGUCCCAGCCCCGGGCUCGGCUAAGGCUUCUCCUCCCCCGUGGGCCCGGCCCUGCCCUGCCCUACCCCUGCCGCGGCCGGGGGGCGCGCCGCCUCCGCAGACCCUGCAGGCACAGCGCCGCGGCGGAUCGUGCCUGGCCUGAGGGGGCUUCGCCUCUGGCUGCGCGGGAGGCUCCGGGCUGGGCCCGAUUUCUCUUAUAUGUAUUAUGGAUUUGAACAGAAAGAUUUGGAUUGGGCUGAUCGUGCCUCAGGCAGGGGUUGGCUGCCCUAGAUGACCUCUGGAGAUCCCUUCCAGCCUGACUUCUCUGUGCUUCUCUAACACUGUAGAUCCCUGUUUGAAAGCUCACCUUCCAGCUGAGGAUCUCAAAGCAUUCUAAAAAUAUGAGUGUAAACUUGCAACACCUUAUCCUAUUAUCCUGAGAUGAGGCAAAUCUGAGACACAGUGAAUAAGCAUCUGACCUUGACAACACCGCUGAGCACAGUGCUUAUUAGUGAGCGCCUCCUUGGCACUGAGCUGGUUACUAUGAGCUUGCUACAAAGUGAUAACAGCUGUGGAGCCAGAGAACUGGAGAGUGGCUGCUGUGCAGCCAUGGCCAGCGCAUGCAGCGCUGGAGCAAAAGAAGACAGUGCAAGUGUCAGCAGUGGGACUGGAAAUGCACCAAAUUCCUUCACGGAAGAGACCCAGGGAUAUGAUGUAGAGUUCGAUCCGCCCCUGGAAAGUAAAUACGAGUGUCCUAUCUGUUUGAUGGCUCUUCGGGAAGCAGUGCAGACACCAUGCGGACACCGCUUUUGCAAAGGCUGCAUUGUCAAAUCAAUAAGAGAUGCAGGUCACAAAUGUCCAGUAGACAAUGAAAUUCUACUUGAAAAUCAACUUUUCCCUGACAACUUUGCCAAGAGGGAAAUCCUCUCGCUAACAGUGAGAUGUCCCAACAAAGGGUGCCGUUUGAAGAUGGAGCUGAGACAUAUAGAGGAGCAUCAGUUACAGUGCAACUUUUCAUGUGUGGAAUGCCCACAGUGCCUGGGCUUCUUCCAGAAGAAUCAGAUGAAAGAGCACAUGACACAGGAAUGUCCACGGCGGCAAGUCUGCUGUCCCAACUGUGCCACAUCUAUGGCUUAUGAAGAUAAAGAGCACCACGAACAGCACUGUCCACUGGCAAAUGUGUUUUGUGAAUAUUGUAAUACUAUGCUUAUUAGACAACAGAUGCCUAAUCAUUAUGAUAAUGACUGUCCUACAGCCCCAGUCCCGUGUACUUACAGUGCCUUUGGAUGUCCUGAAAAGAUGCAGAGAAAUGAAUUGGCACGCCACAUGCAGGAAUUUACUCAGGUUCACAUGAGAAUGAUGGCUCAGACUCUCCGAAGUAUCAGUAUGACUGCCACAGUUCCUGUAUCCUUCUCCAAUGGCCCAUCCUUUGAGCCAGCCCUUUUCUCCCACCCUUCAUCUUCUCCAUAUGAGUGCAACCCGGAAGUAGAGAACUUCAAGGAGACCAUUCAGCAGUUGGAAGGUCGCUUGGUAAGACAAGAUCACCAAAUCAGAGAGCUGAUUGCUAAAAUGGAAACUCAGAGUAUUAACAUGGUUGAGCUCAAACGUACUAUCCGAAACCUAGAGGGGAAAAUUGCUGAAAUGGAGGCACAGCAAUGUAAUGGCAUUUAUAUCUGGAAGAUUGAGAAUUUCUCUUCACUUCUGAAAGCCCAAGAAGAAGAAAGGCCUGUUGUGACACACAGCCCUGGCUUCUACACUGGAAAACCUGGCUACAAACUGUGUUUGCGUCUGCAUAUCCAGUUACCAAAUGCUCAGCGUUGUGCAAACUUUAUAUCCCUUUUUGUCCAUACUAUGCAAGGGGAAUACGACAGCUAUCUGCCUUGGCCAUUCCAGGGCACCAUACGGCUUUCUAUUCUGGAUCAAUCAGAAGGACCUGAAAGGCUGAAUCAUGAAGAAGUAAUGGAAGCCAAACCUGAGCUGCUAGCCUUCCAGAGACCAACAAUCCACCGCAACCCAAAGGGUUUUGGUUACGUGACUUUCAUGCACCUGCAAGCUCUGAAACAAAGAACCUUUGUAAAAGAUGAUACCCUUCUUGUGCGCUGUGAAGUUGUAACUCGAUUAGAUUUUAACAGUCUCCGGAGGGAGGGAUUUCAGCCUCGUAGUACUGAUGGUGUGGUGUAGUCUGUACCUUAACCAAAAGAGUUCUGCUUCCUUUCCACAACAGACUAUAGCAGGCUUGUCCAACAUACGGUCCGUGGGCUACCAUGUAGCCCGCCAAGCCAUUUUAUCUGGCCCAAGGCAGGCAGCGGUAGCCCGCAGUGCCACAGCGAGGCGGGCAGCGACGGCCAGUGGCGAGGCGGGCAGGGGAGGGGAGCUGCUUACCCCCACAGGGCCUGGGGGAGCAGCCCCGCACGGGAGGCCAAGCAGCGGCCACUGCUGGCUCGUGCUUGCCUCCCCACGCGCCUGCUUCAGGCCAGCCCCGCUGCCCUGCCCUGCCUCAGCAAGGCGGCGCCUCCUCCCCUGGCCAGUCUCCCCCUGGGAGCUGCAGCCCUCUGGGCCCGGCCGCCCACGCGCGAGGCCCUGAGGGGGCUGCUUCUCACUUGCUGCUGAGCACAGGAGGAGCCCAGCCGGGUCUUCACGGG